AUGAUUGAUCGAUAUAGUUCAAUCACAUUGAUACGCCCCUUUGCAAUCCCUGAGAGAUACAUCCGAAUCGGCUUCCCAGUGGAUGCGAACGAUGAGGAAAUUGAAGCUGCAGAGGCCUCUGGCGCCUUUCUUGACUUGGACUCAUUUGGCUCCGCAUCUGCUCUGACAUCAACAACAAUGAGAACAACUGAGAUGUCUGUAUUCUUUGCUUGUCUCAGACUACGUCAGAUUACCUCACGAAUUAAUAUCGAAUUUGGUGGCAAAAAAACCCGUCAAGGCGGGAAAAAUGAUACCACAGCGAGAGGCGUUAUCUACACCGGUUUGGACAAACUACUAAAGGAUUUGCAACAUUGGCGAUCAUCCACGCCAGUUUUCCAUAGCCCGAAAAACCUCUAUGAGAUGCAAGAUUGA